AUGCACAAGUUCACGCUGUACGAGACGAAUGCUCGAUAUUGGAUAACUGGCUCGGAUAUCACAGACAAGUAUUACAAGCUGCUGAAGAUCGAUCGCACCGCGCCCCCGGGCCAACUAUCUGUCUUCGAGGACGAGAUUGUGUACAGCAAAAAGGAAGUCACACAACUCCUUACGACGAUUGACGAUGGAAACAAGGCCACUGGAGGGCUGCGUGUUAAGUGUAGUUUCUGGGGCAUUCUAGGCUUCAUCAGGUUCACCGACUCAUACUACGUCUUGCUUAUCACCAAGCGACAGCAGGUUGCAAUGAUCGGUGGUCACUACGUCUACCAGGUUGACGGCACCGAACUGUUCCCCCUUACCAUCGGUGCUGGCUCCCGCUUUACACGGGAACGAAACGCCGAAGAAGGUCGCUUCUUGGGUAUUCUGAACAAUCUCGAUCUUACACGCUCGUUCUACUUCAGCUAUUCAUACGACAUCACUCGCACACUGCAAUACAACAUCACUCGACAGCGGAACGCCCUCAACCAAGGCAUACAGCAGCCUAGCCGUGACUACAACGACAUGUUCGUCUGGAACCAUCAUCUUCUAAGUCCGGCAGUCAAACACCUCAAGAAUGCUUUCGACUGGUGUCUACCGAUCAUCCAUGGUUUCAUCGAUCAGUCGUCUCUCGACGUGUUUGGACGCACAAUUUACAUUACUGUUAUCGGGCGGCGAUCACGCUUUUUCGCUGGUGCACGCUUCCUCAAGCGUGGAGCCAACGACAUGGGGUUCGUGGCCAAUGAUGUAGAAACCGAACAGAUAGUCUCGGAGAUGCUUACAACCUCGUUUCAUGCUCCCGGACCCAGGAUGUUCUCAAAUCCCAACUACACUUCAUACGUUCACCACAGGGGCAGUAUCCCCCUCUACUGGACUCAGGACAAUAGUGGUGUCUCGCCAAAACCAGACAUAGACGUCAACAUGUCAGAUCCAUUCUAUACCCCAGCGGCGAUGCAUUUCGACAACCUCUUCCAACGAUACGGAUGCCCCAUCUAUGUAUUGAACCUGAUAAAGUCUCGCGAGAGGACACCGCGAGAGUCGAAGCUCCUCACAGAGUUUCAGAAUGCUCUGGCAUAUCUCAACCAAUUUUUGCCCGACGACAAAAAGAUACAGUACAAGGCUUUCGAUAUGAGUCGGGCUGCAAAGACAAGAGGAGGAGACGUCAUAGGUACGCUCGAAGUGAUUGCAGAGGAGAUCAUGCAGCAAACCGGAUUCUUCCACAACGGCGAAUCAGAAGAUGGAACGUCCCAAGUUCAGAAUGGCGUGGCUCGAACAAAUUGCAUCGACUGUCUGGACCGUACCAACGCAGCCCAAUUCGUCAUUGGGAAGCGCGCCCUUGGACAUCAGCUACGAGCACUAGGUGUGAUACCGACUGCAGAUAUGGAGUAUGACUCCGACGCGGUGAACGUCUUUACACACAUGUUCCAUGACCACGGUGAUACCAUAGCCAUCCAAUACGGCGGGUCUCAUCUGGUCAACACCAUGGCUACAUAUAGAAAGAUUAAUCACUGGCACAGUCAAUCGAGAGAUAUGGUGGAAAGUUUCAAACGAUACUAUCACAACUCGUUCCUCGACUCCCAACGGCAAGAAGCAUACAACUUGUUCCUCGGUAACUAUAUCUGGGCACAAGGUCAGCCCAUGCUAUGGGAUCUUUCUACAGAUUAUUAUCUGCAUCACACAGAUCCGAAGAAAUGGCUGGACCGUCCUCGCAAGGAUUACAUCAAUUGGUUCACACCAGAGCAUCUUGAGGAACGAACAUUGCCACCGACGGCUCAGUGCAGUCAAAGUACAAAACAAAGCCAAGGUCCGGCAGAAUACGACGACUAUUGGUUAGAGUACUACAGACCUCUCGCAGUGUCGUCCUUUGUCAAGGUCUACUCUUACAAGAUGAACACAAACCAUCGCUUCCUACCCGAAAGGCCAAGCAAAGAUGCAAGGUACGAUUUCAGUCCAUUCACACCUCGCAUCGACCUCAGCAGAAACUCGCCCGAAUCACCAGAGAAGAAGCCUCCGCGUAAAGGCGUGACUAUCACGGUCACAAUUGCGGACAAAGCUACUGUGGCGCAGUCGACUCUCAACAACAUCUACGAUCACUCGCUCAACCCUUCAGUCACCGUCGAAGAGAUGAACGAAUACGAACGAUACAUUUCACACCCGACUAAGAUCCCGUUGGUCGUAUCGACCGAGCUACCACCGGAGACCACGCUGAAUCUGGACUUCGUAGACUAUGUCAACAGCGGCAAAGCAGGUGUUGAUUCUGGUGACGAAGGUAGUAAUGGUGUACUCGAGCCCAGCGAUGAGGACUUGGCCGAAUUUGCCGAUUUCUUGACAGUCAGAGAAGAUCCGCUGACUGUUUGGGAAGAAGACGGUGGGAAGAAGAGAUACAAGGCGUAUCGGCAGUGGCUUAAAGGCAAGAGCUUGUUCAAGCAGAGCAAGAUGGACCCAGAGUACCGACAGUGA